AUGGCUACAGAUUUUAUCCUUAGCGAAGGUGCAAAUGCACUCUCCCCGCAAGAUAUGCUCACCCUCCCUCGGCCUGGUGCGCCUCUGCCAAACGACAUUGGUGAUCUUGCUAUCGUACCCAUCAGCACUUACUCUUUUCAGGAUCGCAAGUCCCACAAGUCACUCUCCGUCAUCGCUCUUGGCGAUGGCGAUGCCUGCGAUAUUCCUUUGCCCGAUGGCGGCGAUGCCUUCUGGCUUGAUUCUCGCACCAUCGCACACGUCGUGACAAAAGAUGACACACAGAGCCUCUACACCAUCCCCAUCAGUACUUCUCCUCUCUCCUCCGAUCUCUCCUCCCAUGUAGGAUCCUUUCCCAUCACCACUGCAAGCGCGUUCCGUUACAGCCCCAGCGCUCAGCGCCUCGUGUUCUCUGCAUACGUUUAUCCUGAUGGCCUUGUCGAGACCGUAAAGGAGCAGGACACAGCAUAUGAGAAUCGGGGUAACUCUGGUCUGGUGUAUGAUGAGACGUUUGAGCGUCAAUGGGAUACGUGGGUUGGUCCCAAGAGCAAGGCUCUCAUUGGGGUCAGUUUGACAAAAGUAGGUGCGGAGUGGGUACUGGGGGAAACCUAUGUGAACGUGCUCAAGGGGACGGGACUCUCUUCCCCUGUAGAACCGUUCGGUGAGGCGGAUGACUAUGACAUAUCCCAAACGCAUGUCAUCUUUACUGCCAAGGACCCACAACUCCCCAAGGCCGUGCACACCAGGCAGAAUAUCUACCUCGUUGCACAUGAUGGAAAAGACCUCAGACAACUCACCUCGGGCAUCCAAGGUGCGACGCACUCUCCCGUGUUCAGCCCUUCUGGUGAUAAAGUCGCCUGGCUGGAAUUGGCUCUUGAUGGGCACGAGAGUGAUCGCGCGAAAGUGGUGAUCUACGAUCUCAAGAAAGACGUCCGGUUCACCAUUACGGAGGACUGGGACCGCUCCCCUGAUUCUAUCAUUUUCUCCCCUUCCUCUGCUCUCAUUUACGCCACCACCGGCGAUCAUGCCCGCAUCAAGAUCUUUGCGCUGGCUGUCCCGCUUACACCUCCCUCCAACGCCACACAGACCACUCAACCUACAGCCCUCACCUCCAGCGGUUCUAUAUCAGGCUUCACGCCAAUCCCAGGUGGCAGGGCCACCUUUGCGCUUUCGAGUCUGACGUCUCCAAACGAGGUGUAUGAGCUUAGCGGGCUUGACGUCGUUGAGCGAGAUCUCUUAGCAGGAACAAACGCGGAUGUGAGAGCGACAACGCUUACGCGCAUUACUUCGUUCUCUUCUACCGGGCUACAAGGCAAAGAUCUCUCUCCUGGCAAGGAUUUUUGGUUCAAAGGUACGGCUGAGGGACAGGACACACACGGUUAUGUGAUUACCCCGCCUGGAUUCGAACGUGGCGUUAAUGGGAAGUGGCCUGCGGUGAUGCUUAUCCAUGGAGGCCCGGAGAGCGCUUGGUUUGAUCAGUGGUCGACGCGAUGGAAUCCUAAUGUCUUCGCGAGCCAGGGAUAUGUGGUCGUUGCUAUCAAUCCAACGGGAUCCACUUCAUUUGGACAGAAAUUCACAGAUGGGAUCAAUCAAAACUGGGGAGGCCGGCCCAUCCAAGACCUGUUGCUAGGGUGGAAGUAUAUCCUUCAAGAAUACCCAGAGAUAGACCAAAACCGCACAGCAGCUGCUGGUGCUAGUUAUGGCGGAUAUGCAAUCAACUGGAUCCAAGGCAAUCCCGAGCUCGGAUUUGGGUUCAAGGCAUUGGUCUGCCACGACGGUGUAUUCGACACAACCUAUAACGGCUAUGCCACAGACGAACUAUUCUUCUUCAAUCACGAAUGGGGAGGACGUCCAUGGGAUCCUGCCGCAUUCGAAGCCUCGCGCAAAUACAGCCCCGCGUAUACCGUUGCCAAGUGGUCGACCCCGCAGCUGACAAUUCAUAGCAGCAAGGAUUACAGGCUUCCAGAGGGAGAUGGGAUUGCGGUGUUUCAUGCGUUGCAGCAGUUGGGCGUCCCAAGCCGCCUUUUGAUUUUCCCAGACGAGAACCAUUGGGUGAUCAACGCUGGGAAUAGUUUGAAAUGGCACUACGAAGUGUUUAGGUGGUUGGAUCAGUUCAUCGGGCUUUCUUAG